AAAAUGUGUUCCAAUUUACGCCAAAACCAAUACGAUUGAUGUCAGCUUGAAAUCUUUUGUGAAGGGCCAUACUGAUCGUUGUCUUUUUGUUCGUGAACUUGUGGUUUCAGAUUAUAGCGGCCCACCUUCUUCAUCACCGGGCCUUUGGGCUUCUCAGCGGCGAGCGAAAGAGAGUGGAAGAAAACGAUGGCGGGCAUGGCCUUGCUCUCUUGGUCGCCUGUUUCUCUACUGUUUCCCAAACAGCGGAUCAUCACCCACAAAGCACCAGAUAAUUUGAAACUCCGCGCUCUGAUUUCAAGGGGUUUUGGCGGAGCCAUUGGUGGUGAAUGUAAAUCUUUGGAGAUAAAUCGUUUACUGUGUUCUUGCACUUCGUCGUCCUCUUCAAUGUCUCCGAUUGAGGCGUCGAAGGGGGUGUGGAUUUGGAGUGAGAAUCGGCAGGUUAUGACGGCGGCGGUUGAGAGGGGAUGGAGUACCUUCAUCUUCUCGCCUCAUAAUAAGGAGCUUGCUGAUGAAUGGUCCUCAAUUGCACUAAUACGCCCACUUUUUAUCAACGAGGACGGAGUUUUCGAUGCAGAGGGUAGACUAAUUGCCACAGUUAUCGAGGUUUCUAACCCGCAGCAGUUGGAGCAGCUUCAGCCAUCAAAUGCAUCAGUAGACAAUGUUAUUGUGGAUUUACAAGAUUGGCAGAUAAUACCUGCGGAGAAUAUCGUUGCAGCGUUUCAGGGGAGUCGAAAAACAGUAUUUGCAGUCUCGAAAACUCCUAUCGAAGCUCAAAUCUUCCUCGAGGCGCUUGAACACGGUCUGGGUGGAGUUAUUUUGAAAGUUGAAGAUCCUGAAGCUGUUUUUCAGCUAAAGGACUAUUUUGACAGAAGAAAUGAAGCUAGUAAUCUUCUGAGCUUGACUAAAGCUACUAUAACUCAUAUUCAUGUCGCUGGAAUGGGAGAUCGAGUUUGUGUCGAUCUCUGCAGUCUCAUGAGACCCGGUGAAGGACUUCUAGUCGGGUCCUACGCCAGAGGACUAUUUCUAGUUCACUCGGAAUGCUUAGAGUCGAAUUACAUUGCAAGCCGACCUUUUCGAGUCAAUGCUGGACCAGUCCAUGCCUAUGUAGCCGUCCCAGGAGGGAAAACGAGCUACCUAUCCGAGUUACGAGCAGGCAAAGAGGUAAUUGUAGUCGAUCAAGAAGGCAGGCAACGAACCACUAUUGUUGGGCGUGUAAAGAUAGAGACUAGGCAGCUGGUGCUCAUCCAGGCAAAGAGAGAUUCAGAUGAGCAAACACUGUACAGCAUCCUCCUGCAGAACGCAGAAACGGUUGCCUUAGUCUGCCCCGGUCGAGGAAAUGAGAAGAAAGCCAUCCCUGUUACCUCACUUAAAGUUGGCGAUGAAGUGUUCUUGAGACUGCAAGGAGAAGCAAGGCAUACAGGUAUUGAAAUCCAAGAGUUUAUUGUAGAGAAAUGAUUGUUAAGCUAUUUUGAGUGAAAUACUUGAAACCAAAUGGUAUAAUUUUUUUUUUUUUUUUUAAUGCUAAUCUCUAUAUGAAAAUGACUAAAAUAUCAUCGUACUGUCACCGUGACUCUCAUUGUUGUAAUCUUACCACUAACGAUCACACCAACGACUACUUUUGUGAG